GUUAACACAUUUUUUGGUAAACAAACCAGUGCCCAGAAAAAAGGUGAAAAUUCGUGAAAAAGUAUUAUAAAAGUGUAGAAAUCUUGCCCAGAAUGCUUCCGGAAGCACUUCUGAAGCGACUGGCUAAACGAGGAAUCGUCCAGGGCGAUGGUACCCCGGCAGCAGCAUCAAAACAACCAACAAAUAUUGCUGCACCUAUACAGCAACAACAACAACAUCAAGCGCAAUCAGAUCAUUCGGAUUCUUCCUCCAAAUCCAACGGGAAAUCGGAUUCUGAUGAGGACGAUGACGACGAUGGAGAAGAGCGACGCGAGGCAGAUGAGGAAAUUAUUGCCGAGGAUUACGAUGAGUCGUAUGAUCAGGUUAAUCCAGAGGCCUUCGAAUAUCCUCUGCAAAAGAAGAAAGCAAAUCCGGCUAUGGAUUGGACGGAAAAGAUGAAACAGAAAAUGAUAAAACGCUACGGUUUCCAGUCGGUUGAUGGAUGUCAGAACAAGUACAACAUCUACCAUCACUGUACGAUGUACUGCGUACAACGGUAUGGCGAGGUCGAGUUCGAAAUCGACAAAGAAUAUGAAAAACGGGUGAAACGACUGCUGGAACGUUACCCAUUGCCACGUCACUGGCGCAAAGAGUACGACAUAGGAUGCAAGGCGUUUUACUUUUACAACAAAGAAACACGCAUCGUGUCCUGGCUGCCACCGACUCAUCCCGAUGCGAAAAUGACCAAAAGCGCAAAGGUUCUGCGCAAGGAGCUUAUGGAAAAGAUCAAGGACCAGCAGAAUGCUAACGAUUCUGCUCCAAAGGCCGUUAUUGUGGAGAGCUACCCACCGCCACCGAAGGCAGUGAGCCUCCCUAGCCGGGAACCUAACAUGAUGAUUGGACCAACUGCUGGGGCAGAACAUCUUAAACCUCCUGUGGUAAAUCCUCCUAAACGACCUCAUCAUGCAAAGCCACCGCCUCCGUACCGGGAUGAUGAGAAACGGCCUCGCAUGGGAGGCAACGGCCCGGGUCGGUUAGAUCGAGACCGGGACCAAGAUAGGCAUCGAGAUUACCGUGAUCGUAAUCGUGACCGCGAGAGGGACAGAGAAAGAGAUCGCGGUGACCGAGAUCGUGAGAGGGGGCGACGUGACGACUAUGAUGAUCAUCGGAACAGGGAUAGAAAUCGCGAUCGUGGUGGUGGACGGGGUCGACAAAUCAAUGAAGCAUUAGAUCCCAUGGAUCCGGCCGCCUAUUCUGACAUUCCACGUGGUACUUGGGCUAGUGGUUUGGAGGCAGCUUCCGGCGCAACUAAAAAAGAUAAGGACAAGGAUCGUGGUGAUAAGAAAGAGGAAAAAGGCAAAAAAGGUACGGCACGAAACGAUGACAGUGACGAUGAGCAUGAGGUUCUCAAAGUGGCACCUAUCAAUGAAUUCACACAAGAUGAUGACAAAGAUGAAUGAAUUGCUUUUUCGCCAAGCAGUGAAUUUGUGAGUUUCUCUGUGGCUCAUCUGUUCUAUGGAAUAUAAAAACUUUUCAAA